AUGCUUGCAUAUGUCAUGCAGACAAGUCUACAGUACAUCGACCGAGACGGAAAAGAGUACUUCUACAAGAACGACAAAACCCACGAAACCAAAGAUAUUGCGAAGAAGUUGACUCUUUUGGGACACUUCAUGCAUUACAUGCACGAGCAUCUGCUAACAACUGGAAGAGCCAAGCCCCCUCAAGAUGUAGACAACUUGGCAAGAUGGCCGUGUCUCCACUCCUGGUUCAGGACGAGCACUGCUAUUGUACUCUUCUUAAACAACGGGACUCUUCAGUUGAACUUCUUCACGGACCACACAAAGAUUAUCCUCUGUCCGAAGAUAUCCGCUGUUUCCUACAUCAAUCCACAACGUGAAAUGAAGACCUUCACAUUCGAAAACAUCCAGCGUCACGGGGCUAGCCACGAACUAAACACCAGGUUGAACUACGCCGUAACGAUAAUACGCCGGAUGAUGGCAUCCGAAAACCAGGUCGGGCGGCUCUUCAAUGAAAGAGAUGGACAUUGAUAAUGGGAGAUUUGGUAAAAUGUGUGAGCGUCUGCUUGAAGGUGCUGGACUUGAUAAUAUUACGCCACCCAGGCUUGUUGUGUCGUGAAAAUCGAAUGCUAAGCGGUUUAUACAGCAGAAAUAUCAAUGGUUGUGUUGUUUCUACACUUGUGAAUUGAAUGGGAUUGAUUUCCGGGCGGCUCUGAUGAAAGUGACAAAUUUAUACUAUUUUUGCACUUCUGAAGAAAUGAAAGGCUUCUGCAUGGAAUAAUUUUCAAACAAAGAAUUAGUUAUUUUAAUUUAGACAAAUUGCUGCCUGACAGCCCAUUUUAUUUUGGAAAUUCCAAAGAAAUUCUGUGCUGGUGCCCAGUUUUAUCUCCCUGUUUCAAAGAUAUACUUAUAUGACCAUGCUUACGUUGGAAGUUAGCUGUAAAAAUGUUGAGCGAAUCCCCGCCUUACCCACUUUUUACCUUUCAUUGCUGGACGUGGCGUUUCCUUAUCUUAAGACUUUUCCUCCCCAAACCAACGGAGGUUUUGCCUUGAUUAUAGGAGGAACUUGACUAAGUGUGUUGAGCGAGUUAUUAUGUGUUUCUCGUCGAUUUUUGACUAGUUUCUUUUUAAGAUCGAUUUACUAAUGACGAAACUAACAUUAUUUCUAUUUGAAAUUUCGAUUGAUUGCCUCUUUAUAUACGAUUGUAGUGUUAUUAUUGUUAAACUAGAAAGUUUAUCAUAUAGUUAAUAUUAAUAAAUCAA